AUGGCGUCUAUGCUAAGGGGUGCAGGUCGGAACACUCUGAAUUUUGACGACGAAUGGGCCAAGAUCCAUAAGAUUGUGUUGGCUUUGAUAACACAGGAAAGAGUAACCCAGUUAGAAUGGCAAGAUUUGUUCCUUGCUGUGUACAAAAUCCAUUCGUGGGUGGACGACGGGAAGAAGAAGCUCCAUGCCGCGAUCGAUUACAACGUGAAGGAAUACGUAAGAAUGGCUAGAGAGCGUAUCAACUGUCAUAUCGAGCGUGGUGACCAGGCUUUGCUUAGAGCCUACAUAAAUGAGUGGACUAAGUUUCAUGAACAAACCGGAAUUCUUCCGCUGCCGUUCAUGGCAAUUGAUCCGGAAACCGCUCCUCCAGCCCCUCUUCCACCUGGCAGCGAAUCUCGUACUCCAAGGCAGUACCGAAGUAAAACUGUUCGGGAGGAGAUGCUAGAAACAUGGAAGAAAGUUGUUUUUCAACACAUCAGCUUGAAGCUUCUCUCAGCGGCUCUUCGUCUUGUUGAAGCAGAGCGUAAUGGCGAAGCAGUUGAUGCACAUCUUGUCAUUGGAGUACGAGAAAGUUGGGUGGCUUUAUACGACCAACGGGACUGCUAUUACGAAGACGUUCUUGAACAGUACCGAAAGCACUUUGAACGAGAAUUUGUUGAAGAGACUGUCGCGUAUUACAAGAAACGAGCAGCGCAGUAUCUGGCAGAAAACGGUGUGAUCAACUAUAUGUCUUAUGCCGAUCGAAUGCUUGAGGAGGAAGAGCAGCGAGCAAGAAAGUACCUGAACCCCAAUCGCGAAAGUGUUGAUAGGCUGGUUGAGAGUUGUGUGCAAGUUCUCGUUGUUGAGUUUGAAGACCAAAUUCUUGCCGAAUGUCCAUCGUUAAUUGCCAAGAAUGACGUUGAAAAGCUACGUAUGUUAUAUCGAUUGAUAAAGUGGACUCCUACCGGUAUAGAAGUUGUGAUCAAAGCGGUUGAUAAUCAUAUUCGUGGCGAGGGAAUAGACGACAUGAAGGAGAAUGCGCUGACGAUUACGACGGAUCCUGAAAAGUACAUAUCACAAUUGCUAAGUAUGUUCGAUCGAUUUAGCACCCUAGUCAAAGAAGGUUUCUACGAUGAUGCUCGGUUGUUAACGGCGAGAGAUAAGGCAUUCCGCGCUCUCGUCAAUGAUACGACUAUCUUCAGAAUGGAGUUACCAUUAGGAAAAAAGAGUCGAAAUACGGCAGUAGAAUCGAAAUGUCCGGAGCUACUUGCCAAUUAUUGUGACCUUCUAUUGAGAAAGACGCAGCUGAGUAAAAAGCUUACGUCGGAAGAGAUUGACUCGAAGCUCAACAAUCUAGUAUGUGCUUUGUGCUACUACGAGC